AAAAAAAAAGCAAAAAAAUGCACAAAAACUUUAGUAAUAAACACCGAAAAAUUCAAUUCUAAUUUAUUAUUUUUCUACUGUUAGUAGCACUCUGCUCCGAUGAUUUAAGCGCAAAUUACGGAGCUUAAAAUUACGGCUGGCACAAUUACGCUUACUAAAUUCCUUCUGUUCCGUUUACAGUAUGCAAAAAAAGAAAACACCGGACGGUCAUGUUUAAUAAUAUAUACCGAAAAUUGUUUUAAGGUACAUUUGACUACAGAUAUUAUUACGAUCCGGAACUUUGAUUCGAAACAUUAUAAGUAUAACCUCAAAUCUUUCAUUUUUUUCAAUGGUUUAUUUAUUAAUUUAUUAAUUACAUAUAUAUAUUAAUAAAUUGUACUGCAACUGAGUACAAUGGAUACUUUACCAAUGAAGAUGUUAAUGUACGUCUUAGAUCCUACAAAUAUUCUUAAAGUUGUCCCAAGAAAGAAGCUCUUAAAAUUUACAGCACAUAAUAGUAAUAGCCAAGUGGAAGAAAAGAGAACCCUAAAACGAAAUCACAGUUCAGAUUCAAACACAUCAGUAAGAAGGAAAAAUACUGGGAAUAACAAUAGUCGUAGUCAUGGUAGUCGGAACACUGUUCUUACAAGAUCUCAAGUAACUAAUGCCAAUGUAAUAUCAUCAUCGAGUGCUUUAGCUCCUAAAUACAAACCGAGGACGAAUUCUGGUGGCAAUGUAACAAUGAGUCCGAUGUUUUCACCACCCCAAUCUCCAUUUUUUGACGGCAUAUCUUUGGCAUCUAGUAAGGAAGAAGCCAUUGAAGAAGAAGAUAGUUAUUCAAUUACUGAUGACCAUUAUUACGUACAUCCAUUCGGUCAAAACAGCAAUUCCUACACUUACGAUAUUGGAUUAAAUACGCAAUCAACGUCAAGAAGCAGAACUCAUGAAGAUGUGGAUAAUUGUGAUGAUGUUUGGAGUUAUAACCCUGAAGCGGGACACACGGUCAUUUUAAGCGAUGAAGAUAUUGAAAGUCAGAAAAAGGUUAGAUUUAGUUGAGUUUAGUGGGUCAUUUAUUUAUUAUUUAUUAUUUAUCUAUUUAUUAUAGGGUAUAGCAUAUAUUUAUUAAGGUUUAAAGAUUAUAGACA